AUGUCCUCCACAGACCGUUCCCGCGUCUCGCGCAGUGGCGCCAUCACUAAAACAACCCCUCUCAAACCCGAUCCUCGUCUGAACAACUUCCUGCGAACCAAUGCGACGAAUAUCCUCGGGGGACUUGGGGGGGAGAAGAAGGCUAGAAGUGUAAACAGAGCGGUACAGCAGGGCCGAUUGAAAGAGGCGAGGCCAACACACCCAGGCACUCAGAAGGGAGACAAAUCCCGUAGUCGACCAGCUCCGUCAAAGUCUGCAGUCUCAAACCGGGCCAUGACGACUCCAAAGGGUAAAACCCCAGAUUUGACACGGGAGAAGGUCGAGGAGAAGCGUUUGCGUCGGUAUCGAAGCCAACCUCCGUCCUCUUUCCUGGUGAAACUCGAUCGUGCUCGGACCCAGCGCAUGAUCGUGCUUGGUCGCAGACGUUGUACAGAGAAUGGUGUGCCGAUCGAGGAAAUCGAUAUUGUUGGCUCGACGGGAAAUAUUUAUCAGGUGACUAUUGGUCACGAACCUUCCUGCACCUGUCCGGACUCCAUCAAAGGCCAUGAAUGCAAACAUAAAGUUUAUGCACUUCACCAUGUUCUCAAGGCCCCCGAGCAUCUUCAAUAUCAGACGGCCCUCCUGACAUCCGAGCUUGAGGAGAUAUUUGCACAUGCUCCCCCCAUUCCUACGGACGCUGGAGGAAAUGGAAAAGGAAAUCGUAAAUCAACCGACGGGGAAUGUCCAAUUUGCUACAUGGAUCUGGACGAAAUGCACAAUCGGCUCGUCUGGUGCAAGUCGCAGUGCGGACAUAACAUCCACAAGUCGUGUUUUGACCAGUGGGCCGCCAGUCAAGGAGAUAAAAAGGUCUGUUGUGUUUACUGUCGGACACCUUGGGAGGCCGAGAUUGGAGAUGUCGAUGCAAUCAAGGCGGCUGGUGAGUUUAGUUCGGAUGGAUAUGUCAAUGUGGCAAACCAAUUCGGCAUGUCUAGAGCGAGAGACUAUUCAAGUUACUAUCUCCCUUGGGCCCGAAGGCAACUUGGAUUGGGCUGGUGA